GAUCUUUCGUUAUCUCAUUCCGUUUCGUUCGUCUCGUUGUCUAAUCCACGGCGACAGCUUUCUGCAAUCGAGACUAGACACUGGAAAAGAAGAAGAUUAGAGAUCAAACGUCCUUCCUAUUCUACCUUUUUUCGUUAUUUUUCUUCAAAUCAUCGAGGUACUUGGUCUUCGUUUCGUGCAUUAAGGCUCGAAGAAACGAGGUUCUAAACAAUAGCUUCUGUUCCACCUCCACCUCUGUAAGUCUAUCAGGUUGUCCUAGCCUGCUUGCAUUGGGCAGGCGAAAGAAUUGAUUGAUUGACAUUCAUGGCGACUUUUGCGAAACCAGAGAACGCCCUGAAGCGUGCCGAAGAGUUAAUCAAUGUUGGACAGAAGCAAGCAGCCCUGCAAGCUCUUCAUGAUCUGAUCACUUCGAAGCGGUACAGAGCAUGGCAGAAGACACUUGAGAGGAUAAUGUUUAAGUAUGUAGAGCUCUGUGUGGACAUGCGAAAGAGUAGAUUUGCCAAGGAUGGUCUGAUCCAAUAUCGUAUUGUAUGUCAGCAAGUGAACGUUAAUUCAUUAGAGGAGGUGAUCAAACACUUUAUGCACCUGUCCACUGAGAAAGCAGAGCAAGCUCGAAGUCAAGCUCAGGCCCUGGAAGAAGCUCUGGAUGUUGAUGAUCUGGAAGCGGAUAAGAGACCAGAAGACCUAAUGCUAAGCUAUGUCAGUGGAGAGAAAGGAAAGGACCGGUCUGAUCGUGAACUUGUAACCCCAUGGUUCAAAUUCUUGUGGGAAACCUACAGAACAACGCUUGAGAUUUUGCGUAACAACUCAAAGUUGGAAGUACUUUAUGCGAUGACGGCACACCGGGCUUUCCAGUUCUGUAAGCAAUACAAACGGACAACGGAGUUUCGCAGGCUAUGUGAAAUAAUCAGGAAUCAUCUGGCGAAUCUUAACAAAUACAGAGACCAGAGGGACCGACCUGACCUGUCUUCUCCAGAAAGCUUGCAGCUUUAUCUUGAUACAAGGUGCGAGCAGCUCAAGAUUGCAACUGAACUCGAACUUUGGCAGGAAGCUUUCCGUUCAGUUGAAGAUAUUCAUGGGUUGAUGUGCAUGGUUAAGAAAACCCCCAAGCCAUCCUUGAUGGUUAUAUAUUAUGCUAAACUAACGCAGAUAUUUUGGGUUUCGGACAGCCAUCUUUAUCAUGCUUAUGCAUGGUUCAAACUUUUCAUACUUCAAAAAAAUUAUAACAAGAAUUUAACCCAGAAGGAUUUGCAAUUGAUAGCAUCAUCAGUUGUUUUAGCUGCGCUUUCUGUGACCCCUUAUGAUCACAUGUACGGUGCAUCCCAUUUGGAGCUUGAAAAUGAGAAGGAGAAAAAUCUGAGGAUGGCCAGCCUUAUAGGGUUUAAUCUUGACCCUAAACGCGAGAGCAGGGAAGUGCUCUCAAGGUCUUCACUUCUUCCGGAACUGGUUUCGAAAGGCAUAAUGAACUGUGUAACUCCAGAAGUAAAAGAACUUUACCAUCUUGUAGAGCAUGAGUUUCUCCCUUUAGAUCUUGCUUCUAAAGUCCAGCCACUAUUAACCAAGAUUUCCAAACUUGGAGGGAAGCUUGCCUCUGCAUCUUCUGUUUCGGAUAUACAGCUCUCACAGUAUAUUCCUGCCCUUGAAAAGCUUGCUACUUUGAGAUUGCUACAACAGGUUUCCCAGGUUUAUCAGACGAUGAAGAUUGAGGUGCUAUCUAGGAUGAUCCCAUUUUUUGAUUUCUCCAUCGUGGAAAAGAUUUCUGUUGAUGCUGUUAAAUAUAAUUUCAUCACCAUGAAAGUUGACUAUAAGAAGGGUGCUAUUAUAUUUGGUAAUGUGGACCUUGAAUCAGACAGGCUUCGAGAUCACCUUACCAUUCUUGCUGAAUCUCUUCAUAAAGCAAGGACCCUGAUUUAUCCUCCAGUGAAGAAAGCAUCCAAAUUAGGUGAAACUUUGCCUGCUUUAGCCGAGAUUGUGGAUAAAGAACACAAGCGGCUUCUUGCUCGGAAAUCGAUAAUUGAGAAACGCAAGGAAGAACAAGAACGACACAUGUUGGAAAUGGAGCGCGAGGAAGAGUCGAAGAGACUAAAAAUACAGAAGAUAACUGAAGAGGCUGAACAGAAGAGACUUGCGACUGAAUAUUCCCGAAGGGAGGAGCAAAGGAUUCGCAGGGAAAUUGAAGAGAGGGAACUUGAAGAAGCCCAAGCUAUGCUUCAGGAAGCAGAGAAACGUGGUAAAAAGAAGGGAAAGAAGCCAGUCUUAGAAGGAGAGAAAGUGACCAAACAGACAUUGAUUGAAUUGGCUUUGAGUGAGCAACUGAGAGAGAGGCAGGAAAUGGAGAAGAAAUUACAGAAGCUUGCCAAAACGUUGGAUUAUAUGGAAAGAGCAAAAAGAGAAGAGGAGGCACCUAUGAUAGAGGCUGCAUAUCAAAAGCGGUUGGUGGAAGAAGAAAUACUUCAUGAGCGUGAGCAGCAGCAAGAGAUUGAGCUGAGCAGACAGCGAUAUGCAGGAGACCUACUGGAGAAGAACAGGCUGGCUCAUAUGUUGGAACAGAAGAAAGUAUUCCAAGAGAGAAUUGUCAGCCGUCGAGAAGCUGAAUUUAAUAAAUUGAAGAGGGAGAGAGAGGAACGAAUCAGGCAACUUCUGCAGGCACGGAAGCAGGAGAAGGAGACUAAGAGGAAGUUUUUACUUCAUCUCAAAUCUGAAGAGGAGAGGUUGAAAAAGUUGGAAGAAGAGGAGGCUGCCCGGAAGCAUGAAGAGCUUGAGAGGCGAAAGAAGGAAGAAGUAGAACGUCUAGCAAAGUUGAAUGAAAUUGCUGAAAAGCAGAGGAAGAGGGAAAAGGAAUUGGAAGAGAAGGAGAGGCUGAUGAGAGAGUCUCAAUUGGGAAGGUUAGCUGAGCCGCCAACUAGGCCUGUUGAUCCUCCUGCAGGGGUCCGCCAGCCAGAACCUGUAGCUGUAGCUGUUGCUGCUGCACCAUCUACUGGGAAAUAUGUUCCCAGGUUUCGUAGGGAGAGGACAGAGGGCUCUGGAGGUGCUCCACCUUUGGAACCUGAUCGGUGGGCCAGACAGGAUGAUCGUCCAUCCCAAUCCAAUGAGAGGUGGCGUGGUGAUGACCGUCGGUCCUCAUUCGGGAGUGGUAACUCAAGGCCCUCCACAUGGUCAUCAUCCAGGCUCCCUUCCCGUGGUGGAAGUUGAGCUGAACGCUGACUGCUGAUUC